UUUUAGGUCAAUGGAGAUUUCCUCUCGUUGACACGCAAUUAUCCCAGUGUGACUUACCUCUGUGAGCCAUACUGACUGCAAGACGAGAACUCGUUCAAAAGUCUCAUGACUCUGAAUUUAUGCCCCUGAUGUGUAACUUGGUGAAGAAAUGGACCUAUCUAUUGUUUGCCCACUGUGCUCUCGGCCUGGUUUUCCUGAUGUGAAUUCAUUGUGGUUGACUCUCAUACGUGCCACCACCCGACAACUAUCAUGCCCCAUUUGUCAGGAGAUUCUUUGUGGAUUGGAUAAAUUGACAAUCCAUCUUGUCAGCCAUUCUCUGCAUGACCAAAUGGUGCAGGCCUGCCUGGCAACAAAUCAACUUCCAGCACCCCAGCAUGCACCUCCAACACCUUGUCCCAAAAACCAGGACCUGGAAAACUCGAAUAGCACAGCAUCUAAGGAACCAAUACAAGCUACUGAGCAGCAAAGUAAAAGUGAAAACGCAGUAGCUUCAUAUGUUUUAAUCAACUUUCCCACAUUACAAAAUGUAUCAAUAGAAAGUGCGAGCCAAGGAACUGGGAUUGAGCAAUCUGUAACUGAUGUUGUUGGACAGGAGAAAUUAACUUCGUGUUUCCCUACUCAAGAUGUAGGUCUCUCAGUAAUGUCGAGCUGCAAAGAUCCACCCCAAACAGAAGUAGCAUUUCCCCCAUUUCCGCAGUCAAAAUCAUCUGCGUCAAAUUUUGAGAUGCUUCAGAACCAAUCUCCUCAAACUGAACCUGUAAAAUUUGUCACCUUUUCCCUUCCGUUGCCUAAAGAUGUUCCUCCAGAAUCAUCAUUAAAAGACAAAAUAUGUGACAAAUUAUUCACGACAGACAGGACAGCUGAGUUAGACCAAAAUACAUUCCCUCAGUACAUGGUGCAACAGAGGGUUCAUAAUCAGGAGUCAAAUAUCCAGACUUCUGCUGUGUGUUCUACAGCUUCUGCUGAGUUAGACUCUAAGAGUGGAGUUGAAAAUUUUGUUCCCAAACCUGACGGUUAUUCAAUAAGCUGCGGAAUGUGUGAGCUUUCAUUCAAAGAUAACAAUAUUGCAAUGCUUCACCAGCAACUUAUUCACAAUGUUAGUCCUUGCAUUGACAACCACCAUCAGUUGGCUCAAAAAAAUGAAGAAAGAAGUCAUCAUUCAAAACAAUGGUCAAAGAGAAGUGCCACUGGCAGUAGUUCUCGAGAAGCUGCAAACCCUCUCCAUAAAUACCCAUGCCAUGUUUGUAACAAAGUGUUCCGAAUGCGAGGAAGCCUGAUGGUGCACUUACGUGUGGCACACUCGCCAAAUGCAUCAGGCGAAUUGGCUUCACGACGGGGUAGCUCCUCAUCACAUACGCAGCCUACAGAUUUCAUGGGGAAAUUAUCUCUGCAGGACCUGACAAUCGAAGAAUCAAAGGUGUCUAACACAUCUCGGGAAGAUUUUUGUGGUUUUGGUAACACAAAUAGGAAGAUGAAUGAUCAUACAAACUUAAGUCAAAUUGAUGCUACUGAGAUGAACAGAAUUAGUCACGAACAAGCUCCAUCAUCACUAGAUGUUUCUGGUUUAGUAGCCACCAUGUGCUCAAAACUUUCACCUACACGGUCUCCACCAACUGCACCGCCUGAAACUACUGGAAUGAUAUUUCCUUGUAACCUUUGUAACAAGACUUUUUCCAAGGAAGCGUUAUUAACUCAACACGUCAAGUCUCAUGACAGUAAACAAUGGGAAUGUGAUGUUUGUUAUAAAUCAUUUACCACAAAAUACUUCUUGAAAAAGCACAAACGUUUGCAUACUGGGGAAAUGCCGUACACUUGUGGUAUAUGUAACAAGUCUUUCACAUUUCAACAGUCAUACCAUAAGCACCUUCUAUAUCAUUCGGAUGAAAAACCACAUUCGUGCAGUGAUUGUGGGAGAGCAUUUAAGGAACUCUCUACUUUACAUAACCAUCAGAGAAUACAUACAGGAGAAAAACCAUGGGCUUGUGAAACAUGUGGAAAAUGUUUUAGACAAAGGGUGUCUUACCUUGUCCACAGAAGAAUACACACAGGUGCAAUGCCAUAUCAAUGCACAGUUUGCUUGAAAAGCUUUCGUUACAAGGUAAGUCAAAGGACACAUAAAUGUGUAGCUCAGGCAUCAGGAGAUGCCCCCACACAAUCAAGUGAUCUUCUACAUCAGUUGCUUCAAACACCAAGCAAAGAGCUGGAAAGAGCCAGCACUGUACAGCCAGCUCUCUCUUCAAGAUCAUUUAAAGAGCCUUCAAUUUUUUUGAAGGAGCAAAUGCAGCAGCUCAACAUAAAGCAAGAACAUCAAAAUUCCAACAUAGCAAACAUUCACCUGCCUUCUGGAGAAGGACAUAUUAUGAUGGUCCGAAAUGAAAUUGAGAAAGGUUUCAAUGAAUUUUUUUCAGAAAACCCAGUCAGACAUGAAAUGACUUCUAAAGUCUUACCUCCCUACACUCCAAAGUUAAAUUCAAAUUCACUCUUAGAGCACAUAGAGCUGCAAGGAAACACAGAGACACUUCAUUCCCCUGCACCUGCUCCACACACUACCCCUCCUCCAGCGGAUUUUAAUAUUGACCUUCUGCAAGAUAUUUUAUCAAUGGUAAUGUCUCCAACUUCUGAAAGCGCCCCAUCUCCAUCUACCCAAAUGAGACACUUGUCUCUUACUGCAAAUCAUAAUGAUGACGAUCUUGAGGCAGGUCUCGAAUUACGGCAGCUUUUGUAUGGGUCAUGUGAUUCUGAGAGUACACCCUGAUAGCAUGCCAAAGUGGAGGCAGUUAUCAUGCAAAUUAUUAUGUCAUUGCAUUUUUAUGCAAAUUCAUAUUUUUUAAAUAUCAACUGUACUUUAAACACUUAACCUUGUUUCGUACUUAAUCAUUAAAUUGUUUAUGUUCUUGAUGUGUGUGGUCAUAAAAAGAUUCUAAUCCUAUGUAACAAUAUUAUUUUUAUUGGCGUGUCUCUGUUUUCUGUUAAAUUACAUGUCUUGUAGUCAAAUGAAAUAAAACAUU